UUCAGACACGCCAAGAUGAAGCUGUCUCUCCCACUGUUGCUGCUAGCUUUUUCGGUACUGGCAUUUGGUGCCAUAAUCGAAAAAGUUGAAGAUCGUGACACAAACCGUGUAACUGAAGAAGGUGAGGAAGACCUCUGGAAGCAGGACGUGGGCAGAGACCUCGAGAAAGUCGGUCAGUGGCUACAGGGAAGAUACGCAGCAAAGACCGAAGAAGAGCGCGAAGAGCUCGAAACGCUGAAUGCUCGUCUGAAGGAACUGGCGGCAGACGUUGCCGAAGAAGUCUACGGAAAGGACAGGCACGAAGGCGACGGAGAAGCUGCCGCUUAUGGAUGGGGCAAAUGGAGGAGGAGGAUCACCGGAGCUUUCAAGAAGGUCGCUCAGGCCGUCGUGAUCAACAAAGUAGCCGGUGCCGUCGGCGGUGCCAUCGGCUAAGUUUGAGAUGGUGGGACGGCAGGCAUUUUUGCUUCCCUAAAAGAUUUGACGGCGUCAAAAAUAAAUUGAUUCGAUGCAAA